AUGGCGCCAUACAACCGGCCACUCAGCUUCUCCGAACGAAGGGGCGCUGUUUUCGACGAAGGAUUGUCAUUAAACACACAACACGCCAGGAUCUCACAACAACGUCCUAGAGGUCCCCCUACCCCGAGCAUGAGCACACCGGCGCCCGAGUUCGACCAGGUCACCGGCUCCCCGCCGCCGCCGCCCACUCCUGCCGCGUCUCCGGGGCCGUCACACUCGAGGGUGAAGUGGAGUAACGCGGAGAAGAGCGAAGAGGCCUAUCUUUCAGAGUUGCGGCAAUACUUUGUGCAAUGCAACGGCGCGCAGAGGACUCGCAUACUCUCGGACCUCUUGAGUAUUUGCACUAGCCAGCAAUUGAGUUUCGUGCAUCAGUUUGUCAGCCCGCUGCUCAAGAAGGACCCUUUUACCACGCUGCCUGAUGAACUAUGUCUUCGGAUUCUUUCCUUCAUUGAUGAUCCCAAGGUCCUUGUACGCGCGUCGCAAGUCUCGCGGAGAUGGCGAGAUUUGUUGAGCGACGACAUGACUUGGAAAAACCUCUGCGUGAAACACGACUACCAGCGUAGGAUGUCAGAGAUUGAACCACCGUUGCACCCUGCCGAGGUCAACCAACCAGAAGCCUGUGCUUUUAGCCCACAAGAUCAUGAGCCCGCGAGUCACGGCUUCUCAGGGCCGCUCACUUCCACCUCAUUACCGGCAUCUUUUGAGGGAAGCGCGAAUACGCGGCCCGCACUCAAGUCGUACAAGUCGCACUUCAAACAGAGAUACCUGGUUGAUGCGGCUUGGCGGACGGGGGGCCGCAACACAUCGCGCAACAUUACCCAAGACGGCGGCGUCGUCACCAGUCUGCACCUCACCUCAAAGUACAUCAUUGUGGCCCUUGAUAAUGCCAAGAUCCAUGUAUUUGAUACCGAGGGGAAUCCGCUACGCACGCUGCAAGGCCACGUCAUGGGCGUUUGGGCUAUGGUUCCUUGGGACGACAUCUUGGUCAGCGGUGGUUGUGAUCGUGACGUUCGUGUCUGGGAUUUGUCCACGGGGGCUUGUCUCCAUACGAUGCGGGGUCACACAUCGACAGUCCGCUGCCUCAAGAUGUCUGACGCUAAUACGGCGAUUUCUGGCUCCCGGGAUACGACGCUUAGGAUCUGGGACAUCAGAACUGGUCUCUUCAAGAACGUACUCGUUGGUCACCAGGCGAGUGUCCGCUGUUUGGAGAUCAAGGACGAUAUUGUGGUGUCGGGCAGCUAUGACGCGACGGCAAAGGUCUGGAGCAUUUCCGAGGGCCGGUGUCUACACACCCUCCAGGGACACUACAGCCAUAUCUACGCCAUCGCAUUCGACGGCCGCAGAGUAGCAACCGGCAGUCUCGACACUAGCGUCAGGAUAUGGAACGCUCAGACCGGGGAAUGCUUAGCCAUCCUUCAGGGCCAUACGUCCCUUGUGGGACAGCUGCAGAUGCGUGGUGGUACUCUUGUUACCGGCGGUAGUGACGGGUCGGUUAGGGUAUGGUCGCUCGAACGGUACGACGCCAUCCACCGUCUCGCUGCCCACGACAACAGCGUGACGAGCCUGCAAUUCGACGACACGCGCAUCGUAAGCGGUGGUAGUGACGGCCGCCUCAAGGUCUGGGAUCUCAAGACUGGACAACCUGUCCGUGAACUCAUUUCUCAAGGUGGGGCGGUUUGGCGCGUCGCCUUUGAGGAUGAAAAGUGCGUUGCGACUGCGGAAAAGAAUAGCCGCACCGUCAUGGAGGUAUGGAAUUUCUCGCCUCCUGAGGAGAUGCUUCGCGAGCGAAUGGGCUCGGCACCAAAAAGGAGGCUCGAAGCACCUGUUCCAGAACGUCCACUGAGCGCUUUCUCGCUCGACUAUCGAGGCCCUCCAUCAACAAGCGGGCUGCAAGACGUGGACAUGUCUGAUGCUGGCCCCUCAACGGCACCGCUUCAAGCCAGCUCAACAUUUUUCCACGACGAAUGA